GUGAAUAAUUAAAAAUGAUGCGUUACUGUUAGUUGAUUGGUUACGUUCGAUUUGUAAGGGGAAAUACAGACAAAACCAUGCUCUUCAUUUACUCGCAACAUUGGUAGCUGUUAGUUUUUAAAUUAAAAUGUCGUGCAAGGAAGCUUCUCCGGUUACAAGAAGUGGUCUUAUAAGUACUAGUGAUGUACUCGGUUCUGGAAAGAAGUUCACAUGGGUUAGCAGACAAUGCCUUCCAUCGAAAAUGGUGAAAAAUGAUUUUAGCGUAUGGGCUUUUGUGAAACAGUGUAUCGGAAAGGAAUUAUCUAAAAUUACAAUGCCAAUAGUAUUGAAUGAGCCAUUAAGCUUUUUACAACGAAUAGCUGAAUAUAUGGAGUAUUCUGAAUUAUUAGAUGAAGCAGUUAAAGAAAGUGAUCCUGUUAAACGUAUGGAGUAUGUUUGCGCUUUUGCUGUCUCCAGUAUGUCAUCAAAUGCAAAUCGUAUUGGUAAACCGUUCAAUCCAUUAUUAGGCGAAACAUAUGAACUGCAUUAUAAUAAUUUUGUUUUCGUUGCAGAACAAGUAUCUCAUCAUCCACCGAUUACAGCUUUUCAUGUAGAAUCAGAAAAUUAUCAUCUCCGUGCUACUGUACAGUUUAAAAUCCGCUUUUGGGGUAAAUCAAUCGAUGUUCAACCAAAAGGUUUAGUCACGCUAGAAUUAUUCAAUUAUAAUGAAACGUAUACAUGGCAAAAUGUUAAUUUAACACUACACAAUGUAUUAAUGGGUAAAAUAUGGAUGGAACAAACUGGUUCGUUACGGAUUACAAAUCAUACGCUAGGCAUUUAUAGUCAGUUAGAAUUUCUACCAGCUAAUUGGCUCGGUCAAGGAGCUAAUCGGUUUACAGGUGAAUUAUACGCCCCAGCGUCCUUAAACAACACAAUGAUGCGAUCAGCUUCGUCGAAUUCUUCGUUAAGUGUUAACACAGUUAACCCUAGCAAGUCUAACUCCUCACACGUGUUGAAACGUGUAAUUUUUGGCAAUUGGUGUCGAGGUCUAUUCACUGUUGAACCGAAAAUAUGGAAUGAAAGAGAAGAAGUGAAUGGGAAAGGUAAUCCUACUGAGACAGUUAAUAAUUCCGAGUUAACUGAUACACCUGAGUAUGGAUUUGAACUGCCGCUGACUGGACAGUGUUGUCUAUGGCGUGCACGACCAAAACCAUCUUGUUCAUCUGACUACUAUAGUUUCACACAGUAUACAAUUGGUUUGAAUGAAUUAAACUAUGCAGUGAAUCCAUCAGCUGAUAAUGUCACUACCGGUCACAGUAAUCAUGACUUUGAAAUGAAUGCCAAUGGUAAUAUGCUGAAUUGUAUGACGAAUACUCCAGCGAGUGAAAUUCCAUCAAGAAAAAAUUCAAUCUAUGGGAAAUUUUUACCACCUACAGAUUCAAGAUAUCGACCAGAUUUACGUUUAUUUGAAAUGGGUAAAAUUGAACUUACAAGGAGAGCUGACGGAACUUUAAGAAGGUCCAUCCAUAGGAAACCCACAUGGAACGGCCAACUGACAAGCUUCUACAGCUGGGUAUUAAUCAGUCGGAAAAGAAACUUAAUUAGAUCUCUUGCCACUUGCGUCCGACGCAUCUGCAGCUCUGAUACCAUGGAAGAAGAACCAAACUUCCUUAAAGAAACCUUCAUACAAAACGUUUACCCAUCAAGAUUCGUAGACAAAAACAUCAAACAAAAAAUCCAAAAGCAAGAGACAGCAUCCGUGCCAAAAAAGAUACUUUAUAUGAACCUCGACUUCAAAGGAGACCUACUCAGUGACGUCCUUAGAAGGAGAAUAUCCACGUCUUUAAGAAGAACUUUCUUUGCGGUAACCUUGAGAGUAGUGUUCUCUAGUCGCCCACUGAUCUGCAGAAGCCCGAAGGACAAGAUCCCGCACCUGACCACUUCUAUGUUUAUAUAUCAGUUCGCCUGUUGCUGUGGAGCCAGGUACAUCGGUCGUUCAACGCGCAUCCUGUCAAAAAGGGUCAAAGAACACUAUCCAGCGUGGCUGCUGAAAGGAAGUAAUAGCUGCAUAAGGAGUGCAAUAAUCGAACACCUCGUCAACACUGGUCAUUCCAUCUCAACAAACACCUCCUUCAAAGUAAUCUACAAAGUGAAGAACAACCUUCCAAAGACAGUACGACUUCAUCUUCUUUCCAUCACAGAAGCACUAGCCAUUCAGUUGGAGGAACCAGAACUGUGCAUACAAAAGAAAAUUAUUCAACCACUUCUACCCUCAUGAUGAAGCAGCUUCUGAAAAACUUCGCUUAGAAGAAAAACAACGUCAUGUACGUAAAUUGUCAAAUCAACGAAAAAAUAGCAGUGGCGGUGGGGGUGGUGGUGUUUUCAACUGGACCUUAUCAACAACUAAUCAUCAUAAAACAACAACUGGCAGAGAUUCCUGUCCGAUUACAUCCGAUGGUACUACUACUACUAGUAGUGGUAGUCGAACAAGUAAUCCUUUUCGUAGAACCGUUUCGACUAAUUCCACUGUCAAUUCUUCUUCGGUGAAUAUUAACCUGCCUAAAGAUGUCAAUCCAAUUGUUGGUCCUAUAUGGUUUGUUGAAUCAGUUAAUCCGUUCACUAAACACGAAGAAUGGAUAUUUACUGGAGAAUAUUGGAAAAGAGAUUGGCGAAAAUGUCCAGAUUUGUAUUAAUUCAAGUCUAUCCUUUGUUUUGUUUGCUUUAUUUUGAUUAGAUUAUGUCAAUACUUGCACACACACACACACACACACAAGUUAUCUGACAUCUGUCCAUUUAGUUCGAUGCUUAAUGGUAUUAUUUUUCUCACUUGUUGUAAUUAUUGUAUUUUAUUUUAGAUGAAUACAAUUCACUGUUCUAUUAUUCUGUAAACACGAAAACUGAACACACUGUCAAGUUAGGCUUCUCUAUUUUUCAAAUCUUUAUAUACGAUUACAAACAAGCAGAUAGCAAAUACUUCGUAAUUAUUGUGAUUCAUUCUCUAUCUCUCUCUCUCUCCUUCUAUCUGCCUGUAUCUCGGAGAUUAUUUUUGCAUCAAGUAGCAUUUAUUACUAAUGCUUAUCUCAUCUUUCCUAGCCCGCUUAUCAAUCAACACUCACCCAGCCAACCACGCAGAUACACAAACACGCAGGCAAACAUAAAUCAAACAUUUAUUUAUCAUAUUUGACUCUAUUUUGGUUUCGAUGUAAUAAUUAAAUAAAUAAGCGAACUUACUUUUGAAGGAUCCAUGUUAUCUCUACUUUUUUCUCUUUUCUACAUACCAUAAUCAUCAUCAUCACCUUUUUCGUUAUUCAUUUCGACGUUUUACUUUUCGCCUAAAUUCAAUUUCCCUGUGAUAGAAUAAUCAUCUUUUUCAAUUUGUUAUCAACAUUUGGCUUAUCACGAACAUGCCAUUCACACGUACAAACACAUACACACGCAUAAAUAUACAGAAAUACAGCG